AUGCACGAAGCAGUUGUAGCUAUUGCGAAAGAAGGCGUAAGCCCUAUUGUCCGCAUAGCUGCCAAUGAAGCCUGGAUGGUCAAGCGAGCACUCGACUCUGGCGCUCACGGCAUCGUAGUGCCCUUGAUAUACACUGUAGAAGAUGCUAAACGUCUCGCAUCAUCCGCCAGAUUCCCGCCAGAAGGACAUCGCGGCUUUGGGUCACCUUUGCCUGUCCAAUGCUUCAAUGACGAAGGCAUGGCGUACUAUCUUCAGCAUGCAAACACAACACUCCAGACCAUUGUACAGAUUGAGACAGCUUCCGCUCUAGAACACGUGCAAGAAAUCGCUGCCAUUCCGGGAAUCGACUGUUUGCUCAUUGGGCCUUUCGACCUUGGCAACAAUAUUGGGCGGCCUAUCCUGGGCGAGAUGCAUCAGGAGCUCAAGGACGCGAUUGAAGCAAUCAAAGAAGCGGCGCACGCUGCAGGCAAGAAGGUUGGUAUCUAUACAAACAGUGGCGAAGAGGCCAAAGCGUACGCGGACAGAGGCUUCGAUAUGAUCAGUAUCUUGACCGAUCAGAUGUGCAUCACGCAAGCUUUCAAGCAAAGUCUGGCCGUGGCCAGUGGUCAGGCUGCAGGUAGUGGAAGUACAAAGGUGAAGGGUUAUGAUGGCAAAUAA